AUGUUCAAUCUCCGUACGCACAUACCAGUAGGCUCGGGCACGAAGAUGAAGGCCGAGUCGAAGCCUGCGCUGCCCGCGACCAAUCGGCCGUUCCCGCUCUCGACCGCCCCGCCGAUCGCUUCAAUGGUCAAGAAAGCCUGGUUGCCCGGCUCGACAGCCUUCAAGUCGAUUCCACUGCCACUGCCGCCGUCACUGCCGUCGAAUAAGGUGAAGGUGAAGGUGGAGAGGAUGUGGAGGGACGGGCGCAGGGCGAAGGCGAAGGCGAAGGCGGGGAGGUUAGACGGAGAGGACGUGGAGGGACGAGUGCAAGGUGAAGGCGAAGGCGGAGGUCAAGACGGAGAGGACUUAGAGGCACGAGUACAAGGAGGCGGAGACGGAGAAGUGCGAGUACAAGUGCGAAUGCAAGAGGAAGAAGCUCAGCCAUAUUCUCACAACUGCUGCCGCGCCGCCGAACUCGAACAACAUCUGCUAUGGCUCAAAAUCGAGCAUGCCGCCCAAUCGAGACUCACCGAAUACCACCUCCGCGAAAUCGAACACCUCCAGUCCGACAAGGCAGACCUCCAAACCCACAUCUCGAACUAUCAGAAACAAUCUGAUCAACCACAAGUCCAGUCACCUACAGUUCUGCCGAUCAGUGGGCAAUUUCCAGGCAAUCCCCACGCCCGCAAGCCUCCUGGUCGCGCGAAAGGUGCGCAGACACGAACGAGAACCCCAAAACUCGCGGCAGGCGCUCGCGCUCACAGCAGCGCUAUCAGUGCACAUCCCCAUGUUCACGAUGGGGGAACCUCACGAAGCGCGGGAUUGAAUGAACAGGAACGCUUACUCAAGAGACGCGAAAGCGAAAUCGAAUAUGCGAUCCAACGAAAGGAGCUUGCGGAACAACUUCUCGAAAAGCUCCGCCAACAAGACCAACGAAAGCUCACCGAUGGGUGGAAACCAUGGGAUGCGGCGGCGGCGCAACAUCUGAAGGAGGAAGAGAAAGAGAAAGAGAUGUUAGCAAGGCGGCAUGAGGAUCAGGAUCAUGAUCAGGACCAUGGCAUGGAGAAAGCGAGUCCGCAGGCAACGAACGACGAUCUCCUACCCUGGCUUCACCUUUACCUCCGCACCCUCGCCCAUUGGCGCCAACACACCACACACCUCUUGAACGAACACCGCGGCGAACUUUUCAAGGUUGCUCGCUCGAAUUCGGAUAUUGCUCAUUCAGUUCUCCAGGACGUCGGAAUUUUCCAGCAGUAUUUUGUUGAGAAUGGCAAUAGCAAUCUCGACAUGGAGAUGGAAAUGCCCGGCGUUCGCACACUCGCUGAGGAGAUGAGAGGGAGAGAGAGGAGUGUUUGUAGUGGUAUGAGUGCGAAUGGGUGGGUUACGUUUCUUGAGGAAUGUGAGGGGGAUUCGGCACCAAUGCACGAAUGGCAUGCUAUUGACAUGAUGACUGGACUUCUGCCUCCCAUUUCUUCUCGGGUUCAGGGAGUAUCCGGCAGAGCAUAUUCCGGAAUGGCUCCAUCCAAAUGCCCGGUCUCACACUGGCCGAUGAGUUGCGAGGGUGCAGUAUGUGUAGCUCCACAAGCACGAACAGCAUGCUAUAGAUGUCAUGACGAGACUUCUCACGAAUUUUCACCAUCGAAAUGCCCGGUCUCACACUCGCUGAUGAGUUGCGAGGGAGCAGUAUAUGUAUCGCCACAAGCACGAAUAACAUGCCAUCGAUGCGAUGACGAGACUUCUGCCUCAGAUUUCUUCCCAUAUACAAGGCGUAUUCAGCACUUAUUGACAACCAUGUCCCAGCACGAACGGCAUGCUAUGGAUGUGAUGAUCAGACUGCCUCACAUUCUUUUCCAAAUACGAGGAGUAUUCGGCAUUGCACGUCCUGGAAUGUCCACGAACGACUUCUGCCUCACAUUCCUUUCCAAAUACGAGGAGUAUUCGGCAUUGCACGUCCUGGAAUUGUGGGAACGGCACUUACUGGCAACCAUAUCCCGGCACUUUUUGGGCACUGUUGGAGCUGCAGGAUUUCGUUCUCAUAUCUCGCUGUCCUUCCCCGACGCUGGACGGUAUGGAUCGCCAAUCGGGGAUUGCGGGAUUCCAGAAACUGAUACGAACACAACAAUCAGCCCCCAGCUCCUACACCUAUUGUGCGUCAAGACCGUAACAGUCACUGGUCUUGAAUCUGUCUCGUCUUUAAUCAAGGAUCUUGGAAGAGGGCAAGAGAUGGAAAACUCAAGCCCAAAAGAAUACAUCACUAUCUCGAACACCAGUGGCAAUGCUGAUCUAGGAAGAUGUUGGGGAGAAGCUACUUUCUCCGAGCGCGGAAGCACAACCAACAACGUGGAAAUAGUCCAAGGACCUGGCAUGAUGUGUAUGAAUCUGGAAAGAAGUUGGAGGAAAUGUACUUUCCCGCGGAACACAAUCAACAACGAAGCAAUAGAUGAAUGCCUGCAUAUCAUUCAGCCUCGCCCAUCACCCCCGAACCGUCUGAGGACCUGGCAUGUGUAUAGACCUGGAAAGAAGUUGGAGCAAAGCUGCUUUCUCCGAGCGACCGCCUCCCGCGGCAGUGCCAAUACGCCUAGCAAGAGAAGCACAAUCAACAACCCAGGCGGAUACCAGGAUGGGGACUGUGCCAUCGUCUCCUGGUCAUUUCAACGCACUCCCAAAUCUGCCCUCAACGAGUACCUCAGUCGGGAAGGAAGCACUACUGAGCGGCUUCUCCAAUGCAUAGGAGACCCUGUAGGUGGAUGCCUACACAUCACUCAGCCUUGCCCGUGUAUCCUUCUUAGCAGAAUGAAUGCGAACCCGCAGCCAAGAGAAGCACAAGCAACGACCCUUGCUUUGCUCAUGCAUCUUUCCCAGCAAAACCGAAUGCAAACCGGGCACAACUUCAACUUUCACUCAUUGCGGCAGCCAAAAGAAGUGAAUGCCUACACGUCACUCGGCCUUGCUCAUGUAUCUUUCUCAGCAAAAGCGAAUGCGAGCCCGCUGCAACUUGAACUUCCUCCGACCAAUCCAAUAGCACUCAGUCUCAAGAGACAUCACUUGGCGUCUUUGUACAGCUUGCUUUCAGCUUCUAGCCUGAUUCUAUCGAUAACUUGGCAAAACAUGGCCUCACGACGCCGCACUCCCGAUUCAAUUGGCACCGCUCUCCUACUUCUACACCCAAUCAAUACCGCUCUUCUGCUGAGUGGAUCGCACAUCCGACGUUUGACAAGGCUGCUUAGACAGCACCUAAUUCAUACCAAUCUUCUGCUGAGUCGAUCGUGCAUCCCAUAUCUGGCUCUCAAACCCGCCUGCCUGCCUUCACAAUUGAUCAAGUUAGCGCACUCAAUCACAAAGAUGAUUAACGUCUCCAACCUUUGCGAAGUUAUUAGAGCCUCUUCUUUCAAAUCGGAACUGCUCAACUCUACGCCGAACCAAGUUAACCAAACAACCACUUAUGCCAGCACCACUUAUGCCUGGCUCGCGAGAAUCGCAAGCGCCGAUCGUACGCCAGCAGUCAAAGCAGCUCAACUCCACGCCAGCCAACAUCAAGUCAAACUAGGUGAAAAGCUCAGCAUCCACACCACACCUGCUGAUCCCAACUCCGCUCAACUCGCUUGGACCAAGCGAACACCCCAUACCUACACCUGCAUCCAACUCAUACUCGAUGGAACGCUAAGCGCAAAACGAAUGCUAGCAGCCAAAGCUCACCUCUACGCUAGCAUCAAGUCAAACUACAUCAAACCAGGUGAAAGGCUCAGUUGCAUGCGGGCAACUACUCAAGCCAGGCGAGAACCGCAAGCGCCGACGAUUGAAUGCCAGCAUCUAAAGCUCUGCUCCACGCCAACACUCAGCUUAGCUUCAACCACAUCCACACCUGCAUCCAAGAACUCUUAUCCCACAUUCCGGCCGAAUUGUGAAACGAACGCGAACGAGCAAUCAAUCAUGCCAAGAAUACGAGACGGCAUUCUGGCUGAAUCACACUUCUCAUCCGAACAGAAGUCUGGCAUCCAACACAUACUAGACGGAAUACCACAAUCCACCAUACCAGGAAUCCGAGACGACACACUCUCUCUAGCUGAAUUUUCAGAUCUCGUGACAAUUCUCAUCCUGCGAGAGAUUUCACCCGACCAAGUUAAUAACGUUCAAGUAGACGAAAAGCCGUUGACUCGGCGCGGAGGUAUACCGCAAAACGAUACAACUCCAACGCGAGGCCACGUACCUAGAACCAAAAAAAACCCCAUAAUCCCAAAUCCUCUCGCAUUCUCGCAUUCUCUUAUUCUCAAUUCUCACCUACAACCUCCCUCUGCCUCCCCCAAGCACGCAUUCAACUCCCCGGCAACGCAAGCCGAUUCGUGCGCCGUUGGAACAUCAUCACGCCGAGCGAAAGCUUCCGACAUGGCAUCGACUUUGGAGCUGACAGUGGCGACGUUGUAG